AUGGACUCCAACCCUAUUCCCAAUCUGCCUAGACCCCAAACUCUAUUCUCGCCCGUAGCCACUAAAGCAUCGAACCUGCCAUUCCUCAGUUCUGAUAGUAUUCAUCUUCUUGAAAAAAUUCAUGGCCUACUGACUGAAAAAGCGCCAGAAGGGAUUCCACUCUUGGAAAAAUUCGUGAGUUCACUGUCUUCUUUCUCGCGUGAAGUAGUCGAGGCGGACAAACGCCAGCGCUCAAUAGUUUUGUAUGGUGUUCCAGAAGCCGAGAAAACUCUUGCCCCAUCUCAGCGCCAAGCCCACACAGAAUCUUUCGUUACAAGUGUUCUCGACGCUCUUGACAUCGAAACCCACCCGGUAGAGAUCUAUCGGAUGGGCUCGUUCUUGUCAAGAGCCCGCAAACUGCACGCCAUUCCUGCCUUCAAGGAGAUCUACAUUCGCAAAUCGAUGACCCGCGACGAGCGUCAAAAAGAGAAAGAUUUGAGAAAUCAAGCGCGUGAGUUGAAUCUGAAGGAACAUAACGGUGAGCACGUUUAUGUAGUCUAUAAAGGGGAGCUCAUGAAGGCAUCUGACAUUCCUUCAACUAAAAAAAUAAAGAAUUCUCUUCGUUUUUUCCAAAAAAUCCUCCCUCAGGUGACUUACUAUCCUGAUGUGUUAUGUUUUGACACUUUUCUACCAUCCAGGCACCGUUUUCUGUUGAUUUACCGUCCACCCAACUCUACCAGUGCCCACGAUGAGCAUCUCAUAUCGAUUAUAGUUGAUCUGGCGGGCUCUGUGCCCUUUUCCACAACAGUGGUGGGGGAUCUAAACCUUGACAUCGAUUGGAAAUCUCACACUGCUGAGUCCGCCAUGGCGGAGAAAUUUUUAUCGACUUUCGAUGCUCUAUCCCUUGCGCAAUUCGUUGACUUUCCCACCAGGCUUGGCACAAUCUUAGACAUUGUUCUAGCACCUCAACAUCGUGUUUCUCAAAUAUAUGCUCUACCCCCGUUACACUCCUCCGAUCACAACAUUGUGAGAUUUUCCUUAGUGGAGGACAAAAAAGAGGAGGUAGCCCAAGUCUCAAGGGACUUUAGGGAAAUGAACAAAGGUGCCAUUUCAUAUCAUAUCGCACAUAUUGACUGGAUGCAG